AUGGCCCUGCAUCACCAUCUGUUGUUGAAGCAGUUUCUGCCUUUCCAUCAUCGUCCAAGAUCUCUGGACUUAGAUAAACCCAAUUUUGUCUUUUCUUCAGAUAUUCCGGUUAAAGUUGGUGAUGUUGUGAACAAUUAUUUCAAUAAUCAUUAUGACGAUCAAGCAUCGGAGGAUAUAGUCGACCUAGCCGAUAAGAUCAUAGAGUUCAACGUGAAUAUUGAAUUGAACACCCUCUUGAUGAGAAAUAGAUCUCUUCGACCUUCAGAUUUGAUUAAAGAAAAACUUAUAUUUUUAGCAAAAUCUGCAAUUCGUCAUAGCUCUUCGGAUAAACUGAAGGAUGCCCCCACUUUUAAUCCUGCUUCUCCAUCAUCCCGUAUCGGAAGCUUAUACAUGUUCCCUACAAAUGAAACAUUUAUUGUUAGUUUAUCAUUGAAACUAUUGGAUUUUAUCAUAAGUAUUAAAGAAUUAGAAAAUUUCCGUAUAGAUUUUCUCAAAGAUGAAAAUUAUGGACUUCUUCUUCUUUGUGAUGAACAGCUUAUUGAUCAACUAGAGGACUAUAUCAAAAAAAGAUUCAUUCAUGAGAUAAAACAGAAACUCACCCCCAAAAAAGAUGUUAAACGUCCUAAAGAAAGAGUCAAUUCUGCAUCAACAGCAGUGGACUCCUCUGAUAAUGAAGAGACUAGCCCGACAAAUACUGAAAAUGAAGAUGCUAGUACCAUUGUUGAAAGAUUACCAGUCUUAAGUAAUUCUGUUUCAAUGACUGAUAUUUCGAUUAAUGAAGAUAGUUUCCGUAAUGAUAACUCAAAAAUUAAUAAUAGUGAUUUUUUGGAUCAAGAAGACAAAUUCUCCUCCACUGACAAUAUAGAGUUAAUCAAAUCUAAUGAUACAACAUGCUCUACAAAUAUUGAUGAUAAUGAUAAUGACGACCACGACAUGCAAGACAUUACCCGCGACAAACCUUAUAAACUUAAUGACAAUAUAUUAUCAGGUUUGAACUAUAUUUCUAAUCCCAACAUAAAUUUGAAGACUAAAUUACAAAAAUUAAAUAUAAAACACAGAGAGGAUGAUUUCCUAGACAAUGUUAAUAAUCUUAGACAUAAUGAAGAAAAUGACUCUUUGAUUCUUGAUGACAUCAAUGAUUUUGGUUGUGAUCUUCAUGAUUUUAAUAACCCAGAAGCAACAUUUGACUUGGAAGUAUCUUUGAAUUCUAUAAAUGAUAACGACGAGCCUUAUAAUAGUUUACAUAAAACUCAAAAGGGGGAAUUUAAUCAACUGCUUAGUUUGAAACCACCAAUAGAUCUCAGGCCUAACGAUGUUUUAGACACUCCUCUUACUUCUCCACUGAAAUUAACCAGAGAUAGCUCUUCUUUUACUUCACCUUCUAAAAUGAUAAUAUCAAGAAGAACUUCAACGACAUCUUUUUCAAUGAUAAACACCGAAGAUAAGGAUCUUGAAUUUGCCUUUAAAAACAAGUCACCCAUGGUGCCUUCAUACAUUAAAGAAGAUAAGAAGUUUAAAUUCAUAAAAGUAGGUAAAGUUCAGAAGUUUGUUAAUCUAUUCGAAGAGAAAAAAAUGGACGAUAAUGUUGCAAGUAGACAUCAAAGUCGAACAAAUACCAGACCUUCAAGUCCUUUGAAAAAACAAAGGAAGGACAUUUUCACGGAAGAGUAUUCAUUUCAACUGUAA